AUGUUUGACAUUUAUAUCCAAAGAUAAACAAGUACAUGCUUCCAUUCAUCUAUAUAUGUGUAUGUGUACGUGGGGAUCGGAGCAAAUUAAACAAACGAGCAUUAUCAAGGGAAUACUUAUACAACUGAGUUCAAGACCAGAGUGUUUGCUGAGAAAAUGUAUGUAACAAGACUGCUUUCCAUGUACAAAAGGAACCCCCAUGCUCUUGUUGACCCACCUCCAUCGGGUCCGAGUUCAGGUUAUCUUGUAAUCAUGGAUGAAGAAUCUGAGACUUACAAUUGUUUCGGUUGCAAGAAUUCCAACAUCAGCGAUCUUCCUUUCCCUCAGAACAAAGACUUAACAAUCGAGUUCAGAUCAAGAAUAGGUGAAAAAGACCACUAUGAGUAUGAAAAAUCCAUGUUUGUUCCGGUAUUGAAUCAGCCCUUGUCUUCAAACCGCUACUACGUCAUAAGAAGGAGAGGGAAGGAACAAGGAGGAGCUAGCACGAGUUCAAGGGAAGAGGACAUGGAAACUUGUUUAUGUUUUACUUUCAUUCAUGAUGUUAAACCAAAGCCUUUAGAACCCUUCAACGAUUAUCAGCAGGUUCAGAUAAUCAAGAAAAAUCAUGGUUUCGAAGCAAAGUCUGUUGCCAUAGAUGGAAUUCCACCUGGUUUAUUGAGGAAAAAAAGGUGGAGGCUUCGUGCUAGCACUCCCCGCCAUUACAGUUUGGGCGAAGCAUUGGGUUCCAAUGACAUCUUACGUUCCAGGCUACCAGAUUUCAACUUCCCAUUGACCAAUGAUUGUUGUGAAUCAGUGGUUGUGGGAAAGUGGUAUUGUCCUUUUAUGUUUGUGAAAGAAGGAAUGAAAUCAAAGGAACAGAUGAAGAUGUCAGUGUUCUAUGAGUUGACACUUGAGCAGAGAUGGGAAAGAAUAUUCUCAAAGGAAAAUAGCGGGAAAAAUGUUGUGCUUGUAGAUGUUAUUGUUCAAACAGAAGUUGCCAAGGUUGCAGGCAAGGAUGCUGUCUGGGAUGAAAAUGGUGUUGUUGAUGGGGUAUUGUGGUUUAAGAGUUUUGAUGAUGUGGGGGCAGAGACAAGUGUUGGGUUGAGUAUGGAAGUUGUUGAGGGAAUGAAGUGGGAACAACAAAGAGUUGGAUGGAUUGCAGGGGAUAUGAGGCAAGUGAGAGUGGAAAGAGUAGAGAAGUUUGGAGGAACAAAUGAGUGGAAGAAAUUUGGGUGUUAUGUGCUGGUUGAAAGUUUUGUGUUGAAGAGAAUGGAUACAAGAUUGGUGCUAACUUGUGAUUACAGGCACACAAAUCAAAUUAGGUGCAAAUGGGAGUGAUUUUUUUCUCAAUUGUCUUACUUUGAUCUUUGCUUUUCUUUCUAAUUAGGUAGUUUAACAUAUGGUGCUUGUUAUAUAUACAUCUUAUUCAUGUAGCUACAAAUUGAUAGAAUAAAGAAUACUGUGAAUGUGGAUGUUGUUGGUUAAAAGUAGUUGUGAUUGCUAGCUUGGAAGCUGUGAAGGACAAUAUGGAUUCUGCUGAAGGUCUUUUCUAGUUUAAUAGUUUCAACAAUGUUGGAGAGAAGAACAGUGUGGGACUGAGCACUGCAAUAGUUAAGAGAAUGAAGUGGGAGCUGGAAAGAGUUGGGUGGACUGGAGGGAAAGAAAAGCAGAUCAGAGUUAAGAAAGUGGAAGAGUUUGAAGGGACUAAUGGAUGGAAGAAGUUUGGAUGUUAUGUUUUAGUUAACUUUUGUACUUACGAUAUUGGAUGGGAGCAUAGUACUUAACUAUGCUUUCAUACACUCUCUUCAACUUAGAAGCACUGAGAAUGACAAGUUCUGGGCUUUUGCCCUCCAAAUUAUCAAAAAAAAAAAAAAAAAAAAGAGAAUGACAAGUUCUACACCAAGACAAAUUCAUCCUGUUCUGUUUUCAAGUGGAUAUUACUACUAGGUCCUGUAAAGAGAGUGCCUAGUCUUGUAAUCUACAUUUUCAAUUGUGUGUGAUCUUGUUGUCUAAGAAUCAAAUUUGUUUAUUCAUUUAGUUUUUCA